UGUGAUGGUGUCUGGAAAGGAAUCACCCCAGAGACAGCUGUUCCUAGUUGAGAACUCAGCCUUGGUCGCGACAAACUUGAUUUCCCUGACAGAUGAGCCACCAAGACUUUUCACUUUUGUGGUCACCUGCCUCCUCAGACCCACAGCUGUGGAGGAGACCGUCUGGCAUUGUCUGGCUUCCGUUUGAGAGAGAAAGAGGGAGAAAGAAAGAGAAAGCUGAAGGGGGAGGGAAAUAAGGCAGCACGAGGGAUAAUGGAGAAAGGAGGAAAAGGGAAAGGCAAGUCUGAGAGGGAAGUGAUAGGCUGGUUGGGCUCAGGGUCUGACAGGUCCACAGUAUUAGCAUUUCAUCCCCUUGGAAUGGAAACUUCUGGAAACCCUAAAGGGGCAUCUCAUUUCCGAGCGCGAAGUAACGGCACAGCCAACAAGAUGAACGGCGCUUUGGAUCACUCAGACCAGCCAGACCCAGAUGCCAUUAAGAUGUUUGUCGGACAGAUCCCCCGGUCCUGGUCGGAAAAGGAGCUGAAAGAACUUUUUGAGCCUUACGGAGCUGUCUACCAGAUCAACGUCCUCCGGGACCGGAGUCAGAACCCUCCCCAGAGUAAAGGUUGUUGUUUCGUAACAUUUUAUACAAGAAAAGCUGCACUUGAGGCCCAGAAUGCACUGCACAAUAUUAAAACUUUACCUGGGAUGCAUCAUCCCAUCCAGAUGAAACCUGCAGAUAGUGAAAAAUCAAACGCCGUGGAAGACAGAAAAUUGUUCAUAGGAAUGGUUUCGAAGAAAUGUAAUGAGAACGAUAUCCGGGUGAUGUUCUCUCCAUUUGGCCAGAUAGAAGAAUGCCGGAUCCUCCGGGGACCCGACGGGCUGAGUCGAGGCUGUGCGUUUGUCACAUUUUCUACAAGGGCAAUGGCACAGAAUGCAAUCAAAGCCAUGCAUCAGUCUCAGACCAUGGAGGGCUGCUCUUCACCGAUUGUGGUGAAGUUCGCUGACACUCAGAAGGACAAAGAGCAAAGACGUCUCCAGCAGCAGCUGGCACAGCAGAUGCAGCAGCUCAACACUGCCACCUGGGGGAACCUGACGGGUCUGGGCGGCCUCACCCCGCAGUACCUGGCGCUUCUGCAGCAGGCCACCUCCUCCAGCAACCUGGGUGCAUUCGGUGGCAUUCAGCAAAUGGCUGGCAUGAAUGCUUUACAGUUACAGAACCUGGCAACGCUGGCAGCGGCUGCAGCCGCAGCCCAGACCUCAGCCACUACCACCAAUGCAAAUCCUCUCUCCACCACGAGCAGCGCCCUAGGAGCCCUCACCAGUCCCGUGGCUGCUUCAACCCCCAACUCCACUGCUGGUGCAGCCAUGAAUUCUCUGACCUCUCUCGGGACUCUGCAAGGCUUGGCAGGAGCCACUGUCGGACUGAAUAACAUUAAUGCACUAGCAGGUAUGGCGGCUCUGAAUGGAGGACUUGGCGCCACGGGCUUGACGAAUGGCACGGCGGGCACCAUGGACGCCCUCACCCAGGCCUACUCAGGGAUCCAGCAGUACGCGGCCGCGGCGCUGCCCACGCUGUACAGCCAGAGCCUGCUGCAGCAGCAGAGCGCGGCCGGCAGCCAGAAGGAAGGUCCAGAGGGUGCAAACCUCUUUAUUUACCACCUUCCACAGGAGUUUGGAGACCAGGACAUCCUGCAGAUGUUCAUGCCUUUUGGAAAUGUUAUCUCUGCUAAAGUCUUCAUUGACAAACAGACCAAUCUGAGCAAGUGCUUUGGUUUUGUUAGCUACGACAAUCCCGUGUCUGCGCAAGCUGCUAUCCAGGCUAUGAACGGCUUUCAGAUUGGCAUGAAACGCUUGAAGGUCCAGCUGAAGCGCUCCAAAAACGACAGCAAACCUUACUGAUCCUAACCCCAGAGGCUCCCUGCUCUUAUUUUAGCUUUCUUAGGGUAAGUCCCACGAGCCAGCCUGGGCUCAACAGGAAAGGCAGAGGAGGACCACAUUGCCAACUUUUACCAAGAGAGACGGUUAUUUUUACAAUAAGGCCUCCAUUACCCCCUCCCGGCCCCCUACCCAGUUCGCCAUAAACUCGGCUACCUUGUUUCUAUCGAGUAAACUCCUCCUCCACUUGUGCCACUGUAUUCUCCUUUGUUUUUGCAAUUUGAAUCUCCUUUUACCUUUUUUGUUUUCUGUUUUUUGCUUUUUUAAAGAAAAACACAUACACAGUAAAUGACAUCUUAACAACUUAAAAGGCAAACAAAGGCUAACGUGCAAUUCUAACUCUGAGACCCCUCCCCCUCCCCACCCCCACCCCGUGCCCCAGAGCACUGCCUGGAGAAUUCGCCCCUCCUGCCCGCGCCCACCCUGCAGAGGGGCGCCAGCUGUUCAUAGAGGGUAAGGCGGUGGCCUAGCGCGAGAGAAAAGCCAGGAGAAGCACUUAAAAACAAUACAAAAUGUCUUUCCACUACAUUUGGUUUGUUUUAAUACGUAGGAUUUUAUUUUUAGGGUUCAAAGAAACAUGACAUUUAUUGGUCAGAUUAUUACACUGGUUGUCUAUUUUGUUAUUGUUUUAUUUUAGUUUUUAGAAAGGAUUAAUGUAAAAAAAGAUUUAGAGAUCUGUUUCUUAAAGCUACAGGGUUUAAAAAUUAAAAAUGAGUGAAAAUACUUGAUGUUUCUUGAAAGAUAAAUUUAAUAAUAAAUAAGUAAUACAUAAAUACUACAUAAAAAGAAAGCCACAGGCCUGUAAAUUUUAUUUGUAAAAAAAGCAUUUCUAUUUUUGUACAAAAUUUUUACUGCCUCAGAAAUAAUGGAAGUUAUUUAUUGCCUAUUGUUAACUUAUUGGGUAUCUAAAGAGCAGCUCUCUGUGCUAGCCAGAUCCUUCUGAAGUAGUCUCUAGAGGAAUCGUUCUAGGAAUGGGCUUUUUUUCACCGUUGAACCCUAGGCCUCAAGUCCAUGCUUUAUCCUCUCGGUGUCUGUAUCUGUCUGAUGAUUUUGUUCGUAACUGCCAUUAUCUAGUUUACAGUUCAGUCGUCUGACUUUCCCCAUCUGUUACAUUCGUUGAAACUGGACCCUCUCCCCAUCCUUUGCCAGCCCCUCACCCCAAAACACCCAGAAUCCAUCCCCUCUCCCUCUCCGGAUGGAUUCUCUUGGGUUCCUUUGUGCUGUGGAUAAAGAGUGUAAGAAAUGCAAAUUACGUGGAUGGCUCGUAGACUCCCUAAUGACCUAAGAUUUGCAUUAGUUUUUCUCCUGCACCCUGAAGAGUGAUUUUGUUGCUGCUGCGUAGAUUCUGUGUAACUUUUUACUCUCCCUGUUUUCUCCCUAGACAUCUUCAUGCCCGUUAGUUCACCGUUUGCCUAGCAUGUCCCUGUGGCGUCUCAAAAAAAAGUUUCAUCGUCCCGUCAUUGUUUCUGAUGUCUUUCUGACCUCACAUCAUAUUUGGUUCUCCUACUGACCUUUGAUCUAGUUUGACCUUUGAAAUUUGCAUGUGACCUCAUCUAGCUAUGAAUUCUGGGAAGUCAAUGUGAAAAACAUUGCUGCAUUCAUGCAAGACUGAAAUUUAUUAUUACACAAAUUAAUAAUAGGAAAAAACCUGUGGCAAAAAUGUUUCUUUUUUUUUCUUUUCUUUUCAUAAAACAGACUUGAAAGUAUUAUACAGGGAUUGGCAUUCUUCCCGGUCACUGGUAACAAUAGCAAUAUGUGUCCAGGGACACAGAAUGUUGGUUUCUAACAGACUACUUCCAAAAACAGUUUGAGAAAAAAACUGUCUGAUUUUAAGUCUCUAGAGGUCUGUAAUAGUUUUUACAUUUUUCAGGCAGUGUAAAGUUUUUUGAUAAGGCCAUUUUAGGUGGCUCACUUUCUCAUUAAGAUAUAUAUAUAGAACCACUUUUUGUAGAUUAGUAUAAGAAAAAUAUUUACCCUGUUUUGGGGCAAAUGCUACCUAUUUGUGUCACCUUUUGCUGAACUGACUCACAGUUAGACAAUCCAUGGUUUAAUGCACAUGAAAUUACCUAUAUUUUAUACUGUUUCAAUGUACAGGAGAAAGGUUACUGUAAACUGUGUUACGUUGGUGCUUCUGUGAAUUAAGUUGUGGUUUCAUCAUGAGUCUUAUGGUCUUAAUGUUCUUUGUUGAUAAGACAAGUUUAGAAUUGGUUUACUUAAAACAAAAAAGAAUUUCAAAAAAAAGUUGUUUGCUUACAAAAAAUUUCAUGUGAGGGAAAAAAGAAAACCUAUUCCAGAGUAAGUUUUGUGUUGGCUUGUAAAGCAUUGAUGUCAUUUUUUUUUUUUUUUUUGUGGACUAUUUAGAUGUGUUUGUGUUCAGCAAAAUGUGAUUUUUUUUUUUCUUUUAAAGAAAAAAAGUGAAAAUAUAUAGUGCCAAAUUCCAAAGGUACUUCCUUCCUAGAGCUUCAGUGUGUUUCUUGUGAGAAGUAAUUUGAUAACAUGGGUAUUUUAUUAUGUGUUUUGUAUAAAUCCCUAAUAUUUAAAAAACAAAAAACAAAAAAAAGAGGUUAAAAAGUUUGUUAACUUGCUAUCCUGUGGUCUUGUUGCCUGAAAUUGUUAUUGUUUGUUAUUUCUCUAUGAUGUUUUUUGUAAGACAUUGUAUAAGUGCCCAUGUCUCACUUUUUUAACCACUCUGAACAUCAAUGCUGUGACGGCAACCUCACAAUGUAUUUUCUUCAUGAUAUAUGGAAACCUCUAAGGUGAGAAAGUUUUGAACUUUUAACCCUUUCUACCCAGCGCUAUCUGGAAUGUUAACUUUUUAUGCUAUCAUCAUUUUCGUUUGUUUUGGGGUGUUUCUAAUUUGGAUUAUUUUUUCUGCAUAUAUCUUUGAGUUGUUUCUGUCUUUACUACUACUUUAUCCUUUGGUUGAGAGCCAAAAGAAAGGAAAAAAAAUACACUUUAAAAAUAGUUUACUGGAUAAACCUUCUGAGGGGAACAGUAGAUAGCCAAGCACCUAAAUAAACCUUAAAUUCAAUAUGCUUUUGAGAUCAGGUUAGCGGUAUGUUCCAGUUUAGAAUAAUUUCAUAUACAUCUUCCAGAUAAACGGCUUUGUGAUGAUGGGGUAGUCUUUUGAGGGAUUUUUGGUUUUGUUUCUUACAUAUUCCCAAAUUAAUGUUUCUUAUCAGCCAUUGUGCAGUGGAUACCUCUGAAUAAGCCAGGUGUCUGGAGUUAGAAGUUGACAGUCCUUUUCCCUGCCUUUUUGUUUCUUUUGAAUCGAAUGCAUCGACUAACCAUCAAAGGCAGACUCAGUUCUUCAUCACAGUUACUGACCAAAUACCUAGCACCCGUUCCUGCUGCCACUUUCUAAAAGCGCCAUAUUUCUUUGACUUUCACUUCAUGUGAGCAGGUCUCUUGCUGUCCUGACAAACCCCAAAGUCAUCCCCACAGUCCCAAAACACACUCCUUUCUGGAAGCUUCUUUGUCUCUCUAAUGGAGCUCAGAAGCUGCUGGCUCCAUUUCCUUCCUCCUUUUCCCGCUCACCACCCUGUUUGGUUUAAUAUGUGUGUGGAUGUGACAGCCCUGGGAUGGAAAGGACUAGCCUCUAAUGAUGCAAAAAAAAAAAAAGUUUCCUUCUUACAGCACAUGCACUUACAAUGAAAUGAUCUGUAUUAUCCUCACACGUGUUUACUACUGCUGGGGCCUUCCUUCAUCCUUCGAGGGCUAUUUUGUACUUCCUGCAGCAAGCAGCUGAAUAAUAGAGGUUAUCGCACUUGUCUCUCUCUUUUGUAGAUGAUAAUAUGGUGGUACAGAGAUACAUCCAUAAGAACACAAGACAACACCAUU